AACAUCAAAUCAGACAGCAGUUUGCUCUCAAGGUUCUUGCUGUGAAGCUGUGACCGUUUGGCAGUGAACAGGAGUCCUGCAUGACUAAAAAGUCUCUCACAGGCUGCAGAUGCAGGAAGAGCUGUAUUGACUUUGAUCGACAGCUUCUUGAUCUGAGGAAAGCCAUGCAAUAGAUCCACACCUCCAGUGAAUGGACAUUGGACAGUGAAAGGUACCUCUCCAGUUCCUCUGCUUCUGGCUUUCCUGACCCCAUGGAUCCAUCAUCUUCGUCGGUUAGGCUGCUGUUUGUGCUGGCCUCAUCCAGCUCUGUGUCUAGGUGAUGUCUGAUGAAGUGGAGACCUGUGGAAAGACAUUGAUGCCACAGUGAUUGAUUUCAUGGAUGACAAGACCCUGUCUGGUUACAUCCCAACAUAUGGUGAUCGAAUAGCUGCCAGACGGUUCUGCUUGGAAAACAGUGGUGCAAGUACUAAGGAAUCAAGAAAAAACUCAUUGCUCGAAAAAUUGAAGGAAAAGAUGGGAAUCAAUGAAAAUGAGAAGAAACCUGAUCAUGAGGAGGCAUUUGUUUCUAAGAGAAAAAGAACAUAUGCAAAAAACAACAGAUGGGCUGAGAAAAAGACUCGAAAAAUUGAGUUAGGGUGGAUCCAUGAAGGUAAGCAAGUGAGAAAGCGCAGAGGAGGAGGAACAAGGACCUUUGAUGUGCCCAAAGACUCCAAAAAAGCUGACAUGUUACAGUAUGCUAAAGAUCUUUUCUUUCCAAGUGGAAAAAGCAAAUUUGGAAGAUGGGAGGUGUUCAGUCAUGACAUAUUAGACUAUCAGGAAGAGGCUGUAUUUGAUGAAGAUGUCACAGUUGGAGAACUCUACUCAGCACUUAAAAUGGGAAUAUUGAGAUUUUACUUGUGCACAAGAAGAUUUUCCAAUGAUGAAGAUGAUGAAGAAGUUUAUGAUAGAGGGAAAACACAUGUAAACAAUGUUACACAACUGACUGACUCACAUCAAGGAGAUGAAGAAGCUUUCCACACUGUUGUGAUCUCAUCAUCAGAAUCUAGGAAUGCUGAUGAAGAUGUAUUAUUAGACACAUCUGAGGUAAUGAUUGGACCCUACCUUGGAGAGCCUCUGCCUUGUCAACUUGAUGACACUGUAACAGAUGAACCAUUCCUGCAGUUUGAGGAAGAUGAUCUGGUCAUCACAUCCAUUACACUUCCUCCAACAAACACAGCAGUCAGUAGUCCAGGUACAAGCAAUGAAGCAAUAAGCUCUGCAGGAUCAUAUGAUGUUGUCUGCAUUACCAUCAAACUUCACAGGGUUACUAUUCUGGAGGAGAUGAUCAGCCAGUUCAAAGAUCCAGCACUCCUCAUACACCCUCUAAAAUACACCUACAUUGAUGAAAAAGGAGCUGAUGCAGACGGUGUAUCAAGAGAUGUGUAUGCUGCAUUUUGGUCAGAGUUUGUGGACAACACAGCUGAAGGAGAGGAGUUCAGAGUGCCAUCACUGUCACCUAAAUGGCAGGAAGAAGAGUGGAAAUCCAUGGGUAGAAUUUUACUGAAGGAUUUCAAGACCAUGGAUAUUUCCUUGUCGCCUUGCUCCUGUUUUCACAGUGGCACUCAUCUUGGUGAGAAUCAAGUAUCAGAUGAUCUGCUGUUUGAAAGUCUUCUCUUUUACCUAAGUCAAUCAGAUAGGGAUCUGAUAACAAGGGCUCUAAAAGAAGAUCUUUCAGAUGAAGACAGGGAUGAAGUGCUGGAUCUCAUGGAUCGCCUGGAUGUAUCAGUGCUUCCAACCAAAGAGAACUUAAAAGGCCUUCUUCUGAAAGUCGCACACAAACAAUUAAUCCAAAAACCAGCAUAUGCCGCAGAGAAAAUGUCCUUAGUUGCAAGCCACUUCCUAAAAGAAGCUUUUCAAAGCCCACAAGAUGUCCUACAAAUGUAUGAAGAUAAAAAGCCAACAACGAGAAAGCUUUUGAAGUUGCUUACUGCCUCUCCCACCACUCAAGCAGAGAAGCAGAGCUUCAGAUUUCUGCACCAGUACAUCAGAGGACUUGACGAUACAGGACUGAGAAGGAUGUUCAGGUUUCUUACUGGGUCAGAUGUCAUCUGUGUUGACAAGGUUGAGGUACUGUUCACGCCUGUGGAUGGACUGGCACGACGACCUGUGGCACACACAUGCGGCCCUCUUCUGGAACUACCAUGGACAUACACGUCCUACCCAGAACUACGAAAUGAACUGGACAAUGUUUUGGCUGCUAAAAGCUCUUAUGAGUUCAGCAUAGCUUGA